GUUCUCUGCAGGCUACGGUAGUGAGCGUGGGUUGAAGACAGCGAGGUAGCAGUGACCGACUUUCUGCGAGCAGGGGAUGUUGAGCGAGGAAGUGUGUUGAUGGGGUGUUGCUCAGUUGUUGCUCGCCGUGAAGGCGUGGCUUAGCGAUCGGACUCCCUGCUCGCGUGAAAUGCUCCCAGUCUACAGUACAUGCGGCAUUUCACCCAGCGCUUCAACAGGGUCGUGCUGUAUGGAUGGGCUGGAAGCAUCCAUAGCGUAUAGCUUUAUUGACGAGGGUGGUUACGACGGUCUCAACAGCAUUAGGCUGGUGUUGUUUGAAGGAAGUGCAUGCCCUUGCAGGUUGUGGGAUUACUUUGAGAAACCAGUGCAUUCUUUCUAAUUCACAAGCGAAGAUGGCAGACGAUCCUUUCAUCCAUUCCGCAUCCUCGCUGCGGGAACAGCUGGUACCAGUAGGAACGCCAAAUCUAGCACCACAGCAUGCCGCAUUAUCUACAUUAUCAACCCACAUAUCCUCGCCUAAACGCAGUUUCCCGUCCGAACCCGACCCCGAAACACAACGAGAGGAAAGCUCACCCUCAGCAGCUAAACGGCUCAAAACAUCCCACCCGAAUGCCGUCACGACUCCUCAAUCAACAGCACUGCAACUCACCGAAGACAGCAUAUCUCUCGACCUAGACCGUCUCAUCAAGUCUGUCGAGAGCGCCGAUGAUGCACUCAAAAUUAGCGAAGAGGAGGAGGAAGCGAUAUACGCCAAGAUGGCCGCGUGGGUGGAGAAGGCGUCGGAGCUGAGCGCGUUGAUUGUGCCGUGGACGGGCGAUGUGGAUGAUGGGGUGGCUGAGGAGUCAUCCAGGAAGGUUGGAGGGGAAGCGAUCUUGGUGGGAGAGAUGUUGUGGGGAACCCGGAUGGAGACGCCGCCGACGGUGAUGGCCAUCGUUGAUGUGCAUAUGGAGGAUACACCACCACCGCCGUUGGCUCUAGCGCCGCCGACGUUCCUACACACCCCAACAGUCGUCGUAGGCGGGCCAGAGGAUGGGAAACUGGUCACUGUAGCCGCCAACGCCUUCCAGCCCCCACCACCCGCCGACGAACCCUACCCACCACCCCCAACAACCUACUACCCCACCGCCCACCCCCCAACCCACCUCCUCCCUUUCCCAACCCUCUUCCCCCACACCCGCGAAACCCUCAUCACCGCCUCCCCAACCGGCACAGUCCACAUAACCGUCCGUCGCCGCCCCUUCCGCUCCGUCCCGAUCGGCGCGCGCAUCACCUCUCUACACGCUAUGACGGAUUUAAGGGGACGAGGGUGGGUGCUUGCGGGCGAUGGGGAGGGAUGUGUGACGGCGUUUGGGGCGGUCGAGGGGGGUUGGAGGGUUAGGGUGUGUUCCCCCCAGGGAUAUGCUCCCACCCAGGAUGGUGGGAGCAACGCGGUCAGAGCUGCCAUACCACUCCUGGUAUCCACCUCCCCCGGGACGCUGACACAGUACGUGGUCGUCGCGACGGCGUCACCGGCACCGGUUCUCCACGUCUACGAAACCGACACGAAAGUCAAGAUCCUCGAAGUUCCCGCCGCGCCCGUGGCGGUCUGCGCCGGGUUUUUUCGGGACGGGGACGGGGAUGAAAGGCGAGCCGCGGGGAAUGUAGAUGCGGAUAAUGUUGACGCGAGACAUCAGCAACUCCUCGUCGCAUUCACCGACCACUCCCUGCACCUCAUGGACGGGUUCAGUGUCCAUCCGAAGCCGUACGCCCGUUUGCCCGCCCUGGUUACCAUCAUCAAAGCCUUCUCCCUCCCAUCACAACAACACACAUCACCACACCACCCCCGCUCAACAGAUUACACCGUUCUCGCAGGCCACUUUCCCCAAUUCCACAUAUACAAUUCGGGACAGUGUGUGUACACGCGCGAGACGGAGGAUUGGGUGAAGGAGGUUGAUGUGCGUGUUUCUGAUGGGGAAGGAAAGGGAUCGACGGCGUAUGUGACGGCAUUGUUGAUGAAUGGGAGGGUGGAGUGUUGGGCGAUUCGGGUUGGUUCGUAACUCCCUCCGCGGCGUUUUUUUUUGGGGGGGGGAUCGGGUAGUGUUUGCCGUAUGUUUCCAGUUCCCAAUACGAAAAUGAACCGAGUUGGGUGAGACUCUAUCUUUCAUGAAUGCACACAUUUUCUGAGGAGGAACAAGAUUGAGAAAGCAAAAAC